AUGGACAUCUUGGAGACGGACGCCUACGAUAGGAGACAGCGCAGGAACACGUCCUGCAUUCUGUUUCUUUUUCUCCUCCCUUUCUUCGCUUCUGCAGCACUGUAUUUCUACCUGUGGAUCCCAGAUUCUGCUCCGUCCAUCCUGGCUGCAGGUGUGAAGGCAGCCCCCGUGCUCUCACUGGUGUUCAUGGUGCUGAGUUACAAUGGGGUGUGGAGCCUGUUGGGCGUGGCUGGAGGGCUGGUGAUGUCAGCGGGAGGAGACGUCUGUCUCAUCUGGCCACAUCUUUUCCUCCAGGGAAUGGUCUGCUUUGCUCUGGCCCACCUACUGUACUGUCUUUCCUUCCUUACUUCCCGUUAUUCCUCUCACGCCUCGUCUUCCUGGGGCUUCUACUUCUUCUGCCUCCUGCUUUGGGGAGCAAGUGGUGCAGUUUACAUCUAUCUCCUGCCCUUCCUCCAGAAGUCACCGGAGCCUGAGGUUUUUGUCCUGGCUGUUGGAGGCUACUCGUUUCUCAUUGUUCUGAUGGUGACUCUUGCGGCACGAACGAGGCAUCCACUGGUCCUGCUGGGUGGCCUGGUCUUCAUGGUGUCUGACUUCACUCUUGCGCUGCAGCAGUUCAAAGCUGUUGAGCAUCUGGAUCAUGGCAGGCAUAUUGUCAUGACAACGUACUACCUGGCCCAGCUGCUGAUCGCCGUUGGUGACGUGAAGGUAACGAUGACGGAGCAGGUCGAGGAGCUGCACAAAUGGAAGAGGUCAUAG